AUGUCGCUCUUCACCCGCCGGCAGGGUCUCAUCAGCUACACCUGCGCCUGCGGCUUCCUCCAGGCAUUAUCAGUCUAUGGCUGGGUAUACACCUCUACCAUCUUCUACCAGAACUACAAGCAGCUUUCGCCACUGCAGAAUUCAAUCUAUAUCUUGCCUUGCAUCAUUGCCGGGGUAUGCGCGGCAACGGCGGUCAUGUUCCUCGCCCCAAGAGUAGGGGUAUCUCAUCUGCUCGGUAUCGGAGCGGGUUUCACAGCCACUUUUGGUCUGGGCAAUAUCUUGAUUUCCAACCUGGUCGAAGAGCGGCGCCCUCUUUCAGACAUCGGGCCAAGUCGGUGCGGCACUGGGGAUCUGCCUCACAGCUCUCAUUGCCACCGAGCUGGGCGAGCAAAAGGGAGCCUGUUGGAGGGUCUCAGAGCGGCGUUCUGGUUUGGCGCCGCAGGUGCCGGUAUAGUUGUGGGGAUUGCGUACUUCGAUUUCUGGCGAGCCGGGCUAGCCAAGGACGUGGGGAAGAUCCGGUAG